GGGGGGGUUUGAGAGUGGCGGAGGCCGCGGAACGACGGGAGACGGCGGCCGUAGAGAAGAGCGUCGAGCGCACGCACGGCGAGUGGCAGCUUAACUAGCCAUAUCGCCGUCUCGGCCGCGUGUGCGAGGGCGGAGGGCGGGGCUCGAGACCUGCGGCAGCGGGAGAUGCGGGCGGCUGCAGGCACGCGACAGGCUCGGCUCGGCCGCCGCCGCCGCCUACUCGGGCCCCGGCGCGGGGGUCCCCGCUGUUUGCCGCGCUGUCUUUGAGUUCCUAUUGUGAGGAGCGGUCGGUGACGUAGUCUAGCACCACAUUCAAGCCCGAGAAGGAUUCCUGUGUUCUGCCUGCCCAUUGCUAUGGACAGUGCCAUCACUCUGUGGCAGUUCCUUCUCCAGCUCCUGCAGGAGCCUCAGAAUGAGCACAUGAUCUGCUGGACGUCUAACAAUGGGGAGUUCAAGCUACUGCAGGCGGAGGAGGUGGCUCGUCUUUGGGGGAUUCGCAAGAACAAGCCUAAUAUGAAUUAUGAUAAACUCAGCCGAGCCCUGAGAUACUACUACGUAAAGAACAUCAUUAAAAAAGUGAAUGGUCAGAAGUUUGUGUACAAGUUUGUCUCCUAUCCAGAGAUUUUGAAAAUGGAUCCACUGACGGUAGGCAGGAUUGAGGGAGACUGUGAAACUUUAAAUUCCCUUGAAGCCAGCAGUUCCAAAGAUGCUGAGUGUGGAGGAAAGGAGAGGCCACCUCAGCCUGGAGCCAAGACAUCUAGUCGCAAUGACUACAUACACUCUGGUCUGUAUUCUUCAUUUACUCUCAACUCUCUGAACACCUCCAAUAAGAAGCUUUUCAAGUCAAUAAAGAUAGAGAAUCCAGCGGAGAAACUAGCAGAGAAGAAAGCUCAGGAACCAACACCAUCCGUGAUCAAAUUUGUGACAACACCUGCCAAAAAGCCGUCCAUCGAGCCUGUCGCUGUUGCCUUUUCAACAAGCCCUAGUGUUUCUCCAUCUUCUGAAGAAACUAUCCAAGCUUUGGAGACAUUGGUCUCUCCCACACUACCUUCCCUGGAAGCCCCAGCCUCUGUGUCCAUUCUGGCCACCACCUUUAACCCCACUCCUCCAGUUCCAUCCAUACCCCUUCCUCUAAAGGAGCCUCCCAGGACACCUUCUCCACCAUUGAGUUCUAACCCAGACAUUGACACAGACAUUGAAUCAGUGGCUUCUCAGCCAAUGGAACUUCCAGAGAACUUGUCACUGGAGCCUAAAAAUGACGAUUCAGCUUUGCCAGAAAAGGACAAAACAAAUAACUCAUCAAGAUCCAAGAAACCCAAAGGGUUAGAACUGACACCCGCCCUUGUGGUCACAGGCAGUGACCCCAGCCCCUUGGGGAUUUUAAGCCCAUCUCUCCCAACAGCGUCUCUCACACCAGCACUCUUUUCACAGACACCCAUCUUGCUGACGCCGAGCCCCUUGCUCUCCAGCAUCCACUUUUGGAGCACUCUCAGCCCGUUCGCUCCCCUGAGCCCAGCCAGACUGCAAGGUGCUAAUACGCUUUUCCAGUUUCCUUCUGUACUCAACAGUCAUGGACCAUUCACUCUGUCUGGCCUGGAUGGACCUUCCACUCCAGGCCCGUUUUCUCCAGACCUACAGAAGACAUAACCAGUGCAGUUGUGGACUGAGAGACCAAGGAACUAGGACAUAGACAUCCACCGUGACUCGGUUCAAAGUGAGGGAUAGUUCUGCAGAGCUCAUGAGAGACUGUUGUGAAUUUUCCCACUGCCUGUUGACAAGCCUUUCCAGGACUCUCAAAAGUUGGACUGUACAAAAAAUGCCUUAAUUGGAGUCCAGACUCCAUCUCACUUCUUUUUUUUAAAAGGUAUUUUGUUGUUGUUGUUGCUGUUUUGUUUUUGUUUUUAAGCUUUGUGCAAAAAAACAUUGGUCUGUUGGGGUUCAGCAGCUGUGUUUCUCAAGAGAGUCACAGAACAAAGUCACUGGUCCUGAAUGUUAGGAACCUUCUUUGGCCAGGGGAAAAAAGUAUGCUUAGAGUCUGUUACUUUAAGAAAUACUUGUUAGCUAUGUAUGAUGGCCCACUUCUGCAGUCUCAGCACUUGGGAAGCUGAGGCUGGAGGAGGACACCAAGGAUGGAGGGCCAGCCUGGGCUAGAUGUAUGCGUCUCAAAAAGACAAAAAUACUACUAAGUGAAACUAGUAGUAUAUUUAGUAGUGAGUGCGCUCUGUUGAAUGUCUGAAGGCAGCUGCUCGUCAGCAGUAGGAGAAACCUUAGGAUUGGCCAUGCUGGGGCUCUGUUUUACUGUGAGCUCUGACGUGACAGUUCCACAGAAAGGCAUUUUGUUUGCCACUUACCUGAGUGGAUCUCUGCCAUCCGUACCCUUGAUCAUGUCUGAAACUGUCACUCGGCCCUGAGCUAUUUUAACACAAGACUUUGAAAGCUUGGCUUUAAUGUGGGUCUUGGAACCUUCUGCGAGGAUAGGAGGUCUUACUGUGAGCACAGAUCUCUGGUAUGUGCUUUGAACGGCGUGGUUCUGAAUCCAUGCAACACAGCAGGCAAAUGGUGAUUUUUUUCAGGAGAGUAGAGUUGUAGUUUGAAAAUUGAAAAUGGCAAGCAACCAAAAAGGUUCAGUUAAAUACCCUGAGACAGGAGGUGGGAUUUUGCCAGCUAGAAGACCCCCAGAGUGACAAGCCCCUUUUCUUCUUGCCAAUUUAAUCCACUUCUGCUAUGCGCUUAACAUGCUACUUCCUUUUAAAUUUAAGGUCAGAGGAUGAAGCAGUGUUUAGGUAUAAUCAGGAAGGCAAACUCCAAAGUGAAACUUAGCCAGUUAGCUGGAGAUGCAGACAUGGUUAUUUCUUUCCAAAAGUGGUUUAACUUAUGGAAGAUCAGAUUGCAUCUGACCAUUCUCAUACAUAGGAAUUUGGUUAUUAAAUUAGUAAUGAGAAGUAGGGGCUUUCAUCUGCAUAUUAUGAAAUACUGUGUGGUAAGACAGAGCCAGAUGUGUACAGAUACAUUGAUCUCGAAUUGAUGCUAAUUUCACAGUGGAAUCUUGAAAACUUUGACUCUAAAGUCCAGAACUAAAUUAAAUUACACGUUCUUCCCCCUGCCCAUUAAACCCUAGACGUGACCUGAGUGGCGUAAAGGAGGGGCUUGUGGGCUCAGAAUGACACUGAUCCCUGGUGGCAUCUUUUCAGCUGCGUGGCAUUGGCUGUCCAGUGCAGAGACACUUAAGUAUGGACGUGUGUGCUGGCUAGGGAGGACGGCAGUGCCUUUUAGAGGGGUAGCUGGAGACCUGUUACUAAUUCAUUUGUGGUUAUCUCAAAGUUCUGUUCCCAGGAUGUGCAAUAGUGAUGUUGAGAAGUGGUGUUCAGAGUGAUGGGAACAGCCACUGUAAUGGGCUUUCUUCCCAUGGUGCAUUAUUUACUUUGCAUGCAUAUUUGGAAUUACCCUCAGCAGCACUUUGUAGUAAUUUAGUGGGUUAAUAUUGUGUAAACUAAGUAAGUAUUGGUAGAUGACCCAACUAAAUGUUUGAAAGUAUGAAACCAUAAAAAUACUUUUAUCUUCUUGAGUUAAAGGAGAAAAGCCAUUGCUUUGUUUUCACAGAUGAAAUAUUUGGUAAUUUUCUGUCUUAGCACAGAGCUGCCUUGGGUCCGAAGGCAUCAUUUAAACUCAGGCCAGGUGUGAUAGCACAGGUCUGUAAUCCCAGCAUGUGGGAAAUGGAAGCUGGAGGAUCAAGAGUCAGGGCUAGCCUCAGCUACAUAGUAAGUUUGAGACUAGUUUAGACUACAAGAGACCAUGUCUCAAAAAAAAAAAAAAAAAAAAAAAAAAA